AUGCCCUUCAAUCCUCAGUUAUCUUCUCGAGUCCGACUCAACCUCAUGCUCGAGGGCUUUCGUUCAGCCACUAGACCGAUGACCCCCCUCUUGUUCAACAUGCUUACCCAAAACAUCCGCACUACUUCACACAACCACCUCCUAUGCAUCGCGGAAGGCGCAGAAGAAUUCUUUAUCGGUGUGGCGUACCGAUGGCCUCAGAUCCUCAUCGUCAACGGCGUCCGACCCUAA